AUGAACGCUACUCCGCUUGUUCCUAGUUCUGUUCAAAACCUCCGCCAAGGCCCCCUCAAGCGUCAUUGCCUCGAAGUUUCUGGCUCUCCUGGCUCUUCGCCUGAUUUAGAUCGUCAAGUUGAACUGCUGCUUUCGGACGAGUCGAUGCCUUCCCAUUUGAGGACCGUUCUAGCAUGGUUGCUUGAAGAACGUAAACAGAUGUAUUCAAUUUCUGUAUUAUGUAAAGAAUUAUCUGAUGAGGUCACUAAGUUAAGGUCAGAAAACGCUGAGCUUAAGCAACGACUUUCUGAUUCUCUUUCUGGUGUAUCUAUUGUUUCUGCUCCAGAUCCUUCGACUUCUCCUAAGCCAAUUGUUCCUGUGAUUAGUUCGUUUGAGGAAGUGGAGCGCCGUCGCUCCGUGAUUGUUUCCGGUGUUUCUGAAAGUUUGGAUCCUGUGUCCUCUUCUCGUGUAAUGCAUGACUAUCAUGCUGUUAGAGACAUCAUGAAUUUCUUAUCAAUUGACUGCUCUACAAUCUCGUUGUUCAGCCUUUCUUCGUUCUUUGCUAAAUUGUUGCUGCGUCGAGCCCCUCGUUUAAAACAUUAUAGGCAUUCUGGAGUCUUUCUCCGUCCAUCCCUUCCCAAGGAGGAAAGAGAAAGACUUCGUACAGAGCGACUGGCUCGUCGUAACAGUCAGGCUGCUCCAACUCAACCUACCUCUGUUGUAAUCUAUGUAAAUCUCAUGGGUUCUGACAAUUUGUUAAUACGCACAGGUUCCAGUACAAUUGAUCUAGUUUUAUCAGAGAGCUUGGUCAAGAGUAAUGAUGUUGGCCCACCCAUUGGCACCAGUGACCACUCUGCUAUUUUCUUUCAUCUUAAUCUUACCUCUUGUAAAGGCCACCUUGUGUCAAAAAGAAUGUAUAAGAACGCGAACGGUGCUGUAUGUGAGUACUUAUCGAACAUUGAUUGGGUUGGAUCGUUUAAUAGCGCGGCAACCGUCAGUGAUAAAUACGAGCUUUUUAUCUUCAUUUUGCACCAUGUCAUCCAAUUAUUUGUUCCCGUAGCGAGACUACCUUUGCAGAAAACGCGCCUUCCCCCUCACCUCCGCUCUCUUCAUGACCGUAAAUAUAUUGCCUGGCAGCUCGCCGUUGCUAGCGGGUCCGUUGAGGACUGGACCUCUUACCGUCGCAUAGAUGCUAUUUUUGCUAGGAGAUUGCGCAAGUACAACGACUUCAUUGAAAGGAAAGUAAUCCGUUCUGCCGAUAAAGGGUCGUUUUAUCGUCUAAUGAAUUCGAGACUUCACAGCAGGCUCAGGAUUCCGGUUCUAAAAUCUGUAGAUGGGGUUACUGCUAGAACGGAUGAGCAGAAAGCCGAGCUGUUAGCUUACAGUUUUGCUAAAGCCUUUGCACCAUCGGAUACCAGUACAGCCCAGCCCUGCUCCUCUUCUUUUCCUGCUAUGGGUGAUUCCGUAUGGUUUCAUGCAGAUGAUAUUCAUCAACUCCUCGCAGUAUGGUCCUCGUCGACUUCUGAUACCCCUGAUCAUGCUCCAUUG